AUGUCAUCUGCCAUGAGAAUUUCUGCUCGUAGACUUGCUUUUUUAAUCAGUGCAUCUGGUGGGAUUUAUUUCGCUGAUGAUAAAAUGAAUGCCAGAACUUUACAACGAAAUACUUUAACAGUUUGGAACGGCCUUUGCAUAGGAUUAGAUUACAAGAUCAAUUUUCGACCUGGUAUGGGUGACAAGAUUGAUGAUUUGCAUGAACGGGUAGCGAACAGAAUUUUAAAUGUUUGUCGCUCGAAUGGUGGUCUAUAUAUAAAAUUAGGUCAAGCUAUAGGAGUGCAGUCGGCCAUUUUACCACCAGGUGAAUAUUUUGAUAUUUAUAAUUCCUCGAUUCGAUUUCAAAUUCUUUUCACGUCAACACGUCUACCUUACCAAUCCUUCUUUCAAGCAUACCAAAAAGCGUUUAGUCAAUUAUACGACGAUGCUCCAGCCGUUGACUUUAACCAAGUUGUUAAAGUUUUCAAAGAGGACUUUAACUGUCAUCCUAACGAUAUGUUUGAUGACUUUGAACGCAAUGCUAUCGCUUCAGCGAGUGUGGCUCAGGUCUACCGGGCGAAACGUAAAGAUGGAACACUGGUAGCAGUCAAGGUGCAAAAGCCCGAAAUAAGAAAGCAGAUGAAUUGGGAUUUGUUGGCCUACAGAGCAUUAAUGUAUAUGUACGAACACAUUUUUGAUCUUCCUCUUACGUGGUCGGCUGAUUAUACUGAAAAACAUUUAAGACAAGAAGUUGACUUUCAUAAUGAAGGGAGAAAUGCAGAAAAAGCGAGAAAAAAUUUUGAGAUGGAAAGAUCAUUACGUGAUAAG